AUGUCCUUUCAAGAUGUUUUGAAAAGAGGAGAUGAUUUCCUAACAGAAUACCCUAGAACAAAUCCAUCAUGGAAUUUUGCAUCUCACGCAACUUGUCUUAUGAUGAUAACAGGUACAAAAAUAAUACUAAAUACAUUAUACAAGCCAUUUAUACAUAAUAUAGAAAAACUAGAUCAUGCAUUACAAAAAGCUCGAGAAGAAAAUCGAGGACUUUUGACGGUGAUGAACCAUAUGUCAGUAGUUGAUGAUCCUGCUUUUUAUGCUGCUUUACCUUGGAGAUAUCAUUUAGAUAUUGAUACUAUACGAUGGGGAUUUGGUGCUCAUAAUAUAUGUUUUUCAAAUGCUUUACAAAGUUGGUUUUUUAAUUUGGGGAAAAUAUUGGGGACAAAAAGAUUUGGAGAGGGUCCAUUUCAAGAAUCUUUAGAUGCUGCUAUAAGAAUAUUAAGUCCUGAUGAUACGCUUGAUUUGGAAUUUACACCAGGUGUCAAAGAAGAACAAAAACCAAAUAUUUUACAAACUGUAAAUAAUUAUCAUAAUCAACAAAAUACAGAGUUAGUUAAAUUCAUUAAGCCAACACCUGAAUCAACUAAUGUAUUAAUGUCCAAAAACCCAUUCAUAAGAUCAAAAACUUCAUGGUUUCACGUUUUCCCUGAAGGAUUCGUGUUGCAAUUACAAGAACCACAUCAAAAUUCAAUGAGAUAUUUUAAAUGGGGAGUAUCUAGAUUAAUUCUAGAAUCAACUAGAGCACCAGUUGUCGUUCCAAUUUUUUCAUACGGGUUUGAAAAAGUAGCACCAGAAGAUUCUGCAGAGAAAGGUAUCAAGAGAUGGUUACCAGAUAAUAUCGGAGCUGAAAUCCAUAUGACUAUUGGAGACGCAUUACCAGAUCAAAUAAUAGAAAAAUAUCGUGAAAAAUGGAGAGACUUAGUUACAAGAUACAUAGACAAAUCCAAUCCAACUGAUCUUUCACAAGAAUUACGCACUGGUACAAAAGCAGAGGAAUUAAGAAGUUCAUUAGCUUCUUACUUAAGACAAAGUGUAUUGGAUAUACGAAACAACAUACCUUUAUUUAAUAGUGAAGAUAAGAGAUUUAAAAACCCAAAAUUUUGGAAAAUUUAUACAAACACUGAGGGUUUUAGUGAUCCAGAUGUAAAUUUUGUUGGUAAAAAUUGGGCUAUUAAAAAGUAUCAAUCUCAUUUACCUGAAUAUGAACCUGAUAAAGAAUAA